AUGGUCCAGUAUCACCCUCUGACCCCAUCAAGGUCAGAAAUUCGAGUUCUCACUCUACUGGGAGGCAAGCCCGAGGACGAUGUAAAGUGCACACUGGGGAUCGUCUCUCUCGACGAAAAACCAGAAUUCGCAGCUCUAUCCUAUGUCUGGGGCGACGCAUCAAUCAAGAAACCCAUCACCGUCGACGGCGAGACGUUCGAGGUCACCAUCAACCUCAACGAUGCCUUGCGGGCUCUGCGCCAGCGCCGGGAGUCGCGUACGCUCUGGGUAGACGCCAUUUGUAUCAACCAGACGGACACGGAAGAGAAGAACACGCAGAUCCCCCUCAUGGGCCGGCUCUACUCGGAGGCAUCGUCCGUCGUCGUCUGGAUGGGCCCCUUGAGCCGCAACAUGGAACUGGCCAUCUCGUGGGCACAGACAUACGUAGCCAAGACGUACAACCAAGCCUCAACGUACUGGCUUAAGCUAGACGCCAAGGCCAAGUUCUCCAAGACGGCGAAACGCGAAAAGGACUGGGCCACUCUCGGGGCCCUCGAGGGGUUCUGGGAAGUCAUGUCUUUGUCCUAUUGGAGUCGAAUGUGGACGUUUCAGGAAUUUCGUCUGCCACCUCAGGAGCCCAUAUGCCAGUGCGGGCACAUGACAUUUUAUGCCUCAUCCAUGCUUGGACAAGCCGAGGAGGCCCUCGUGACAGCGGGUCAGGAGGCCCUGUUCAAGUUCGGUGCGCUGGCAAAGACGUGGAGCGGUAGGCCUCUGACCGACGAGGAGGGGCAGAUGGCCGACGACUUUAUUGCUGCCAACAAACGAAUCAAGGCCAAGAGCAACUUUGCUCGCCAAAACUCCAUCGUCUCUCUCACGAACGCCCGAUCGGACUGGCGUACCUAUGAGAGCCCGCUCCUAUACCUCUUGAUGGCCACCGCCGAGCGGCAGUGCUUUGACGCUCACGACAAGAUGUACGCCCUGUACGGCUUGGUACCGGCGGCGCAGGAAGCCAUCCCGGUGGAUUACAAGAUGCCACUUCGCGAUCUCGCUGUGGAGACAGCGGCAUUUCUGAUCAAGCAUGAGCGCGGCGCCCUCAUCUGGAGCAGCUUUGGCCUGCGUGACGGCAGGCUCUCAGGCGCUCCCGAGUUUCCGUCUUGGAUGCCCGACUUUACCGACGCUGAACGAAUAUCGCCUAGGGUCCACCGCGCCAAGGAACGUGUGGCCGAAUGUCUCUGCCGCUGGGACGAAGCGCCAGCUGCGGAGAUCGUUGACGAUCUCACCACGGUACGGCUCUGGGCCAGAAAACUUGGUCCGAUCCAGGUAAUUCAUCGAUUCGAAGGCGGGCAUGAUGGUAUGCUAAAGCAGGUCCGACGCCUGGUUCAACAAAGCAGCAACGACCUUUUGCAGCAGCACCCAAAACUUUCGAUUCGAAAGCCAGAAAAUCUCGGUGCAAGGAUGGCGUCCAUGUGCUUUAACCACGGCGGCCGCCGUUUUGACUUUGACGUGGAUUCGCUUCUGGAGGCUCUGCGCUACGAUGACCCCCCCGAUCUACCUGCAGAUAACACCAUCACACAAUGUUGGUACAUGAUCGAAAGCGUGAGUAAACUACUGGCGGGAAAGGCCUUAUUCCUCGUGGAAAAUAGAUCCUUCGGCAUUGGGUUGGGUGACAUGCAGGACGGAGAUGUCCUAGUAAUUCCUCCGCAGGUCAGACAUCCGCUUGUCUUGACCAAAAAUUCGUCAGAUGGUUAUCUCCGAAUGGUGGGGACGGCCAUUGUUGAUGGCGUCAUGAAUAGCACGUUUCUUGACGAUGAAUUGGUCAAAUCGAUCGAGAACCAAGCCUUGGAAGAAUUCCUAAUACACUGA